AUGGCCCUAACAAGGCCGUCUGACUGGUUCAAGAAGCCUCUGCACCAAAUCUUUGCCGUCAUUGUCGACAUUCUUCGUAGUAUUCCAACCUCGACCGAGACACCCAGCAUAACAACGAAACCCUCGAGCGAACGCCAGACGGCAGAUAUCCCCGCGAAAACCGACCAAUUGCCCGAUAGCGAGGAGCCUUUCUCGACUGGGCCCGGUCACGCGUACCCUCACUACCUCACAAAUCAUGUCGACGCGACGAGCUGCCUUGUCAGUAAUCUUUACCUCCUCCCGAACCGCCGGCCCAGCGAUUGCCGAUUCAUCGAGCUCCGUGCGCUGACUGUCAUCGUAUUCAGAUCCCUCUACCGCCGCUCAUUGAAGCUGGCGCUAGAUUGGGCCGUCCAUCGACACCUGUGGCGUGGCCAGGCUAUGUAUAUUCGCUCACUAUUCGAGGCCAACCGCAAUGUCACCGAUCCCCGGCAUCAAAGGGCCCUAUUGACCGAGACCGAGAAGCUGCUAGAGAGUUGGAAGCACCCCGACCCUUAUACUCCCCCGACAGCCCCCGGAGGCUCCAAGUUUGAGCGAAACCUCCCUUCGCCUGUUCUUGACCCUCCCCCACACCCUGUCAACCGACACUAA